CUUUUCCCAUGCUCUCGAUUCUCUUCUCUCUCCCUUCACCCAUGAAGCCCCGAAUUUUCAGUCAGGGCUUUUCUCGAUACAAUGUGUCCUCCAUCGGUGGAAGGCUGCUGACGAGAAGCCCCCAAUUUCAUACCUCUUCCUCUUCCUCCGCCUCCGCAUCCUCCGCCUCCUCCUCCUCUUCGCCGCCACCAAGAUCACGUCGAUGGGUGCAAGUGGCCCUCGUUACAACGGCUGCCGCCGGGAUUGGCGCAUACAUCAGAUCUGAACAGGGCUCUGGGUCAUCAACCUUGUCUCCCACUCGAUUCACCCCGUACUAUUUAGUAUCGCGGGAGCCCGUGUCAUCGUCGGGAAGCAUAUUCACUCUACAGCCACCUAAGGCAGAUGGGAGCAACCGCGCCGUUUAUGAGGAAGCAUGGACAACGGGGAUAUGGAGCGUGAUGUUCAAACAGCCCCAGCUGCAGAUCGGAAGAGAUUAUACGCCCCUUCCCUCAACCUCGCCAGAGGAAGAGGAGGACGAAUGUUUGCGGUUCUUCAUCCGGCGAGACCCCCAUGGCGAAGUUUCCCGCUAUCUCCACAACCUCGAUAUGGGCGCACCCAUAGAAGUGCGUGGCCCGAGGGUCGAAUGCGGGAUCCCACCGAACACGCAACACAUUCUCUUCGUUGCUGGUGGGACCGGAAUUGCCCCGGCGUUGCAAGCCGCACACACUCUUCUGCGUCGCACGGAUCAGACUCGUAAACCUAGAAUUCAUAUUCUUUGGGCUAACCGAAACCGUGACGACUGUUCUGGGGGAAUCAAUGACACAGUAGUGGUUCCAGCUCCGCAGAGGUCGUGGUUUUUUGGUCGUUCAACUCCCCCAGCAGCCAGCCCAGCUCCGGUCGCAUCGCCCCUCAAUCAGACUCGCUCCCUCAUUGUUCGAGAGCUGGAGGCUCUCCGGGCACAGUAUCCUGGCCAGAUGACCGUGGACUAUUUUGUCGACGAAGAAGGUAGUGCCAUUGGCAAGCAGGCGAUCCUGGAUUUCACUAAGUCGGUCGGCUUGUCGUCUCCCAAGCCCAGUCAAGACAAUCUGAUCCUUGUGUCUGGGCCAGAAGGCUUCAUCAGUUAUAUGGCAGGACCUAAGCUGUGGGCCGAGGGAAUGGAGUUACAGGGACCACUUCGAGGGAUCAUCAAAGAGCUAGAUCUGAAGGACUGGGCGGUAUGGAAGCUGUGAGGACGUUUUAUGUACGAUAGGAAUUUAGGGACAGAGGACAGUAGGUAAAAAACGAUGAUUCCCACCCCCGCGUAGAUAGAAACUAAUGUUAUGUGUAGGUACAGUACGGUGGAUAAAUAGUAAGUACGAGUCCAACGCCGUACUUUCUUGACGGUGUGCGGAAAGACAAAAAGUGAGGGCUGUUCUCUGAUUGGGGUCCGG